GCUAGAAUGAGAAAUAAGGUUUAUGGCUACAGUAAGCUAAAUUUUUUUUCUUCGUCUGGCUGCCUGUCGCUUGGUAGCAUAAACUCUUUCUAACGUAAUUAGACCGGUUUGUGACUCUUUUACAGACGCAGUCUUUGCGUUCUAGCAAGCUGGUUAAUCCUUAAAUUACCAAAAGCUUUGGCAUACCAGACUGAGACUAACGGGCAACAGCGGUGAUUCAGCGUGCUAGCUAGUGAGAAAAAUCUUGAGAGCCUCCACAUCCAGCCUAACAUCCAUUGAUGUUAGCCUAUGAGUAUCGCCUUCGCAUAUCGCCAGCGUUGUUAAUCGCCGGGUUUCUAUCUACCAAGAUGUACGGGAUGUUGGGAUGACAGGAAGAUGGCAAACGGGGCUGGAAAACACAAGCUGCUUGUCAUUGGACCAACAGAACCAUGGUCAGUGAGGGAGAAGCUGUGUUUGGCCACAUCUGUCAUGAAGAGUGGGGACCAGAACUGGGUAUCGGUCAGUCGUGCCAUAAAACCAUUUGCAGAACCUGGGCGACCACCUGACUGGUUCUCUCAAAAGCACUGUGCCUCCAAAUACUCAGAGCUCCUGGAAGCGACAGAGGCCCCAAAGCGGAAGCGCGGCGAGAAAGGUGAGGUGGUGGAGACAGUGGAGGAUGUGAUAGUUCGCAGACUGACAGCUGAGAGGAUCGAGGAACUAAAGAAGCUGAUCAAAGAAACGCAGGAGAAGCACAGGAAGCUGAAGAGAGAGGCUGAACUGAUUCAAGCGGGACAUCUGGAUUCCAAACUGAAAGAGCUAUGGGAGGAAAUUCUGCUGAAGAAGAAACUGGAGGAGGAGGAAGCAGAGAUGAAAAGAAAAAACACAGAUGCUGCUUAUCAAGCCAGACAGGUGGCAAAGAACACACCCAAGCGGAUACCCAGUGUCACCAUGCAUUCGCCCUCAGGCUGUAGCUCCCCAAGCCAGGAGUUCUCCCCAGGUGACCAACUCGAGUGCUUGACACUGGAUCUUACACCUACAAAAAAUGCUUCUGGAACAGCCAGGCUAAUGACAUUUGCUGAGCCUUCUGGUAAUGAUGACAGCCACGGGUCCCUGCUAGACGACCCCACCCAAAAGAAGUUACUGUGUCAGAAAGCCACGCCACCACCAUCUCCCCUCCUGUCAGAGUUACUGAAGAAAGGCAGUAUAUUGGCCACAAAUUCCAGAUUGAUUGGAGAUGGUGACGUGUCCACAGGUAAUGUGUCAGGAGCACAUGACUUGCAGCUGGCUCCACCUUGUCAGCCUCUCUCUCAGGCAGCAGGUGCCCCGAUGUUGUCCCGUCUCCUGGAAGCAGGCCCCGCCCAGUUUUCCCCUCCAUUAGGUUUUAUGGUCAGUGUAGAUUCUGCCUCCAGCGUUCCUCUCUCUGCCACCACUCCUGUUCCUGCUCAAUCAAACAUCUCAGCAAGUGCAGAGGUAAAUGUGAUGGUGCCAUCUGUGGCCCCUGGAUGCCAGCCUGUCUCCUCUAUGGUAGAAGAUAAGGUGUCAGAGCUCAGUGAGGACGAUGUGACUGUGUCACUGUGUCAUGAGCUGGACCUGAAGACAGUGGGGGACAUCAUCGCCAUCAUUGAAGAGAAGGCUGAUGAAGCUGCUGAUGCUUUGGAUGCAGCUGCAGUUGAGGCUGCUCUGUCCCUUUGUGAAGAAAAUGGCCACGCUCUGUCUGCUGCCUGGGAUUCUGGGCCUUUCCAGCCUCAUGAGCCACACAACCCCACAGUGCCCACUGGGGCUGUACAGUCUUCAUCUCUUCACUGUAGCUUGGAGGAGAGGACGGAAGCUUCACUCUCUUCUUUUUGCAACAGUCAAGAUAACCAUCUUGCAGGAUUUCCUGUGGGACUGAGGAGCAUUCCUCCCUCUUCCUCAUCUGGAUGCGACUCAAAGAUUUUGGAGCACUACCGCAGUGGAACGCCUCCACAGUCUGCAGCAGUGAGAGAGACCGGAGAGGCGGUGCACUCAAAAACCCAAAUGUCAUCCAUAAAAUGUGAACGUGAGAAGUGGGCACAGCAAAUCCCUGAAAAAAUCCACGGAGACUCGGUAUUAGAAGAUAACCCACUGACAGAAAGGCAUCCAAAGGAGACGAAGAGGGAGGACGCAAUAACUAUUGGGGGAGGAGAGAAGGCCUCGGGGACUAACCUGCAAAACAAAGUUAAUGGGCCAGAGGUGUGUGGAGAAGAAGUGGGAGAUGGAGUGGAAGAAUUCCUAUCAGAGCCAGACGGCGAAACUGAGCUAGAACCGGCGGCCAGUGAGAGUGAGGAUGGAUACAGCCUCCAUACGGCUUCCUCUUCACUGCAGCUCCACACAACUGCAGACUCCAUCCCCAGCAGCCCAGCUUCUUCGCAGUUUUCUGUGUGCAGUGAGGAUCUGGAAGCUCUACAGGCUCACAAAAUCUGGAAGAAAGCCAUUAUGCUUGUGUGGCGAGCAGCAGCCAAUCACAGGUAUGCAAAUGUCUUCCUUCAGCCAGUAACAGAAGAGAUUGCGCCUGGAUACCACAGUAUUGUGCACAGGCCCAUGGACCUGGCAACCAUAAAGAAGAACAUCGAGAACGGUCUGAUACGGACCACUGCCGAGUUCCAGAGGGACAUCAUGCUGAUGUUUCAGAACGCAGUCAUGUACAACAGCCUGGACCACGAUGUGUACCACAUGGCUCUGGAGAUGCAGCGUGACGUCCUGGAGCAGAUCCAACAGUUUCUAGCUACCCAGCUCAUCAUGGAGACGUCAGAAUCUGGUAUCAGCGCCAAGAGCCUGAGAGGCCGUGAGAGCACGCGCAAACAGGACUCCACUGACAAGGACACUGUGUCCAUGUCUUCCCCUGCCUUCCUUCUUUCUCUUUUUGAUGGAGGCACCAGAGGGCGCCGUAGUGCCAUAGAAGCUGACCUCAAAAUGAAGAAAUGAAACCAUCAGUAUGAUAUUGUAUCAGUAUGGUGUCCCUGAGAUAAAGUGAAAAGACUGAUCUCAUUGUCUCUCAGUUGCACAGAUUGUGGCUCUGCGUAUGGUGCAGUGUAACCUUUGCUUGCACUCUAGAUUAAAAGGAUAGACUGCAGUGUGGAGAUGCUAAUUUGUUCUGAGACAGCCAUACAGUCGUGGAUUACAUAAAGUAUAAUCCCAGAUUAGAGUGGGAGCAUUCUGAAAGACCAUGUCAGACCUUUCAUAGAUAUAGCUGCACAUCACUCAGACGUAACCUGCUCUGAAGUUCAUGGGGAUGUAGAGAGGUUUUAAAAAAAAUGCUCCUAUUAUACAGUUGGGCUGAAUAUUGAAUUAACUGGGCGUGAAGUUGAUCCCCAGAUUAGCGUCCAGAAGGCAAAAAGUCUGGCCAGAGGGGCAAGUUGAUUUCAAACAGAAGCGUCUUCACUGCAGGUGUAAAACAAAUUUUAAAGAUCUAAUUUUAAGACUUUGAUAUCCUUUUACUGUAAUGUUUGUGUUGGAUUUAUUUUAUCAAUGUGACACUUUGGUGAAACAGUACCUACAUGCUUAUUCUACUACAUACUCAGUGCUUUUGAUUAAGUGUUACAUUUCUAAACUGUUGUUUACUUUAAAGUCUGUAAAAAAAAAAAAAAAAAAAAAAAGCUGUUACGUUAUACUUGAAUUUGCACAAAACGUUUCCACUGUGCCAACCCAAAACUGAUCACAGCGGUCACUGUUCGAGCCAAUCACAAACUCUCAUGCAAGCUAUGUGCGCACAAAUCAAUGAGAACAGUUGGCUUUUUUUUGUUUUUGUUUUUGUCAGUGUGAAAUUCCCCUUUUUUGUUGCGAGGCUGAUGUUUCAUGCACCGUAAUUGAUUUUGGAAGCUUUUAGUAUUUUUCAGGACUGGCUUUAAGGAACACUCUAAUACUAAACCCUGUGUGCACACCGAAGGAGAUGCAACGUUUUUCGCAGCGUUCCCACUUGCUUUUCUUCAAUCAUGUUCAAUAUUAAUGACCCAAUGAAUAAAGCUUGUAACUUUUAUAAAACCCGAGCCAAGAUAUUUCCAGGUUAAGUAGCUUCAUGAUGCCUCUCUGUCCUCGCUCUUCCCUGUAAAUAUGCAAAAGCAAACAAAUGUUUGUUUUUUAUGUAAUUCAAAGUACGAGACGUUCUCAGUUUGUACAUUUGGUCUACUUAACAAACAAGUUGUCUUAGAUAAGCGUUUACAGUUCUUUGAGAAGAUUUUAAGACCCUGUCAUUUUUUCCACACUUUUUAAUUUUCAAGAUUAAAAAAACAAAAACCCAUCAAUAUACAAUAAAUCCAACCAAGCAAAAGCAUGCCAGAUUUUUUCCCCCCAAAUUUGUCUAAAAGUCUAAAUCACAAGUAUUUGAUUUACAAAAGCCUUUAGAUCUUUUACUCAGUGCUCUGCAGAAGUUUUGUUGAUAGCUUUAAAAGCUUUUUAUCUGGUUGGCUAAGUCUACAGACUUUGCACACCUGGAUAAAGGCAGGUUAUCCCAUUUUUCCAGGCAAAUCCUUUCAGGCUUUAUCAGAUUGGAUUACUGCCAUCUCUAGCUCUCUCUACCAGUGUCAUGAGCAUCACAUCUGGGUUCUGGCUCAGCCGCUCAAGGACAGUCAGUGGACUGAAGCCACUCUGGCUUUCCCAUCUGUGAAGAUUACGUCUGAAACUGUUGACCAUUGGGCGCUUGGUCACGACCUGGAUGAAGGCCCUUCUUGCUGGGCUUCUCUGUUUGGCUGUGGGGCGAACUCCAGGAAGAAUCUUAGAGUUUCUACAAUCUUUCUAUUUCACAAGCGACAGCUCGAGAAACAGUUCUAUACCUUUGUCACUAUUUAAGCCUCGCCACAAUUUUAUCUAAAAAAAUAUAGAGUUCUUUGAAUCCACUGGCUUGGUUUUCAGUCCUGACAUGGAGUGAACUGUGGGACCUUUUCCUGUUUAUGCUUCUGUAUAAGGGUUAGAGUGAAGAAUGAUGGAGGAAAAAUACAGAAAUUCAAAGUUAAAUUACAAUGAAAUAAUUUGAAAAAAGUGAAAACAUCUGAAGACUUUGGGUCCAGUUUGAACAGUUUGCAUCACGGCUACAAUGCAAAUUCGGUUCAGACCCAGUAAACAGUGAAGCUGAAGCUCACUGUUUGAUAUUUUUUGUGUGAUAUAGUUUUUAAAUCCAUGAUUAUUAGUUAGAAAUUAAGAGCUGGUUCUUAAAUGGCAGCUUAACCUGAGCUUGAAAUAAAUUUAGGAUGCGUUGUUGGCCUCGUCUAUAGAUAUUAUUCCCCUCUAUCAUUUUCUAGUUUAACAAGGUGACCAAACUAAUUCAUUCAUUCAUUCAAAGAGCCACCGUGAAAAAGAAACCAGACAGACCAAGAAGAUUUUCUGAUUAUUCUUUAAUUUUGUGGUAUUUUUGGCUGAAAGCUUAACUUUGCAGUUCUAACUCAAGGGGUAUGUCCGCACUGAUUAAUACCAAACCCUGACUCGUGUGUAUCACAGUAAAUAUAAUGUCAUUUACAUGUUUGUGACUUCCAGUGUGGAUCUAAAUAUAUUUUGACAGUUUACAUUUAUAAUUUCAGCAGUCAUGAAGAUGUAUUAGCCGAAAAAAUUCAUUUGCAACUAAUUGAAAAAAAAAAAAAAAAAAUCACAAA